AUGAUCCUUCAGAGGCAGACGCUGCGGCGUCUAGCAACUAUCCAGCAGAAACCCCUCCUCUGGGAUGCAGACCCAAUUCAGACUUCAAUCUGCCGACGAUGUCGAGAACGAUCUUUUGCGACAACGGCUCGUUUAGAAGCAGGGCACAACAAGUGGUCCAAGACAAAGCAUAUCAAGGCUGUCACUGAUAAGAAGAAGAUGAUUGAUCGGACAAAUUUCGUCAAGGUCAUCACCAUGUACUCGAGGAUGUAUGGCGAGAACUUGCAAUUCAAUCCGCAAUUAGCUGGGGCGAUUGCGGCUGCAACAAAGGCGAGUGUUCCAAAGUCGAUUAUCGAGGGUGCAGUGGCUAGAGGGCAAGGCCGGUCAACAUCAGGCGCCCAGCUCGAGCCUAUGACCCUCGAAGCGCUCAUCGCACCGAACAUCGCCAUCAUUGCCGAGGCCGAGACGGAUAACAAGAUACGCACAAUAAGCGACCUGAAGCUGGUGGCGAAGAGAUGCGGAGCAGUGGCGAGUGCAUCGGCAUUCUACUUCACAAAACGAGGUCGUACGAUUUUCAAGGCAAAGGAAGGUGGGCCGACGCUGUCGGAAGUUUUCGAGGAAGCGAUCGAGCACGAAGGAGUCGAAGACAUCGAAGAGCUCCCAGAAGGUGGGUUCGUGACUUGGACGGAGCCCGCCAUGCUCACAUCGGUUACUGAAGUUCUCUCGCGCAAGUUUGGUCUUGAAUUGAUGGAGUCUGAUAUCAUUUGGGCACCCAAUGAGGAUACCAUGGUCGAUAUGGAAUCGUCUGCGACGGCUUUGAACUUGGGCGACCUGCUAUCAGGCUUUAAGGAAUUUCCUGAAGUCAAGGCCAUAUACGUCAAUGUUCGUCAAGGAUCCCUCUCGGAUGAAGUCUGGGAAAAAGUAAACGGGUAUUUAGACAUUUAG